AUGGAUAUUGAAUGGUCCUACUCCACGCCAGUGGAUCCUGUCGAAGCACAUCGGACAGGUUCAUUUACGACCUUACCUAUUCGUGUCAACAAGUAUCGGGACAUUGCACGAUCAAGUAGCCAGAUUUUAUUCCACGACUAUGAACGAAUCUUCGGUUUGGGUAUUCUCGACACUUGUCAUGGAGGAUCUUCACCCAAUGGCGACUUCACCAUUUUUGCCUACGCUGAAACGCCAUCAGAAAGAAUGCCAGCGUUAGUCAGAUUGAACGACUUGGCUUUCCUACACGAUGCCGUUCUCGACGAGCUUGAUGUAGAUGAUCAAGAGUCACAGACGCAGGAUCUCUCAGCCACGCUUGAUGUAUCCUUGGAGUGUACUGAGAAAGGUGGUCCACACGCAUCAAGUUUCAAAAAGCUGUUAUCAAAAGCCCUGCUAGACUUCAUGCGUCUAGAUCGCAAAGCAGGCAGGCAUACACUAGAGGCAUAUCGGCGCUGGCUACGCCAUAGCCAAGACAUAAACAUCCAUUCUUAUACUGACUUCGAGGAUUUCGAGAAGAAACGUUUAAUGGACGCUGCUAGUUCUGGUGCAGAGACUAUGUGGGCUUUUGUAGCGUUUUCCGCAGGUGUACAAAUCUCGGACCACGAGAGACAAAUUGCCCUACCAACGCUAUCUCUAUUAGGUCUAGCAGCUGCCUUCACAAAUGAUUACUUCUCGUAUGAUCGAGAGGUUUUCUUGCACCGAACGCGAGGAGCGAAAAUCAUGAACACGGUUCACUAUUUUACGGAGAACGAACAGCUCUCUCUGCAAGACAGCAAGUUGAAAGUCCACGACCUCGUUCUAGAGAGAGAGCGCCAAUAUUUUGCAGCGAAGCGUGACUUAUAUCAGCGAUAUCCUGAUAUGUCGUACCAGCUCAGACGUUACAUCGAAGUGUGCGAAGUCGGAAUUGGGGGAAAUCAUUACUGGUCGUCAAUCGCCGACAGAUAUCACCGCUGGCAAGACACGUACUCCCAACUAGAACCAAGGGACGAGAAUACGCCAGGACAGCAGAGCGAUGGACAGGGGUCCAGUCAACUUAUGGACCAAGUUCCGAUCUUCACAGAUGACACGCCGCCGCAAGAUCACAAGGUAAACACUGCGAGCAAGAGCGUCGAACAAGGAGACUCCAUCGCACCACAUAAUCAAGCCACAAACGAGACACUAAGCACGUCUCCAAGUGACAUCCAUAUCACACUCCUGUCAAGCCCCACAACUUCCAAACCACAUUCUCCAAAGCUCGACAAUUCACCGCUCGAAGGCCCGGCCAAUUACAUCUCCUCCCUCCCCUCCAAAAACGUCCGCUCAUCCCUCAUAGACUCCCUGAACGAAUGGCUCCCCGUUUCCCUGCGAUCGAAACAACUCAUAACGACUAUAAUCGACCUCUUACACAACGCAUCCCUCAUCCUCGACGACAUCGAAGACGGCUCCCCACUCCGCCGCGGUAGCCCAGCCGCACACUCGAUCUUCGGCCAAGCACAGAGCACCAAUUCUGCGAACUUCAUGUUCGUGCGAGCUUUGCAGGUGGUGCAGGAUCUCAACAACCGAGAGAAAUGCACGAGUAUCUUAUUGGAGGAACUGGAGCAAUUAUUCGUGGGACAGAGCUGGGAUCUACAUUGGCGCAUCAACUGUAUCUGCCCUACCGAAGAGGAGUACCUCGAGAUGGUGGAUAAGAAGGCUGGAGGCCUCUUCCGGCUAAUUGUGCGCUUGAUGCAGUCGGAAUGCAGCGACGCCACUGCCGCCGGACUCGACCUAGGCCUCUUGAUCGCGACGCUGGGACAGUACUUUCAGAUUCGUGACGAUUAUAUGAAUCUCACGUCGCAGGCGCAGACGAAGGAGUAUUUGUUGGGUUUGAUGAGGGAGUCUGGGGCUUUGGAUGCUACGAGAGUGAGGUUGAGGGAGAUGGAGGGAGAAAUUGAUGGGGUUAUUGAGGGGUUGGAGGAAAAGACGGGCGUGGAGAAUCCGAUGUUGAAGUUGAUUGUUGAGAUGCUUAGGCUUGAGUGA